AUGAAAACUAAUGGAAAUGAAAAGUCAAAUAUUGCUUAAACUUAAGUUAAACUCAAGAGAACCAAGCAAAUGAAAUUAAGAUCAAACAAAUCCAAAAGAUAAAGUAUUAUUAGAAGGUACUAUAUAAAAAAAAUAUUGAAUAGAAAAAUGCCUGGUAAUAAUUCAACUUUAUCAUUAAAAAUCAUUAAAACAAAAUCUCUUCGAAAUGAUAAAAAAUUAAAAAAAAAAACUAAUCAUAUUAAAGAUAAUCAAUCAAAAGAUCUUUAAUAACAAUAAAAUAUGAAAUAAGGAUAAGAAAUAAAAUUAAAAAAAAAUAAACAAACCGUUUCCUAAAGAAAUUAAAGAAAAAAUGAAAAGCUUUAAGAAAUGAUAGAUGCAUAAUUAAAAGCCCAAAUUAAUUAAAAAAUGUAAUUCCAUGAAAAAAAAUUCAUUGCUUUAACAGAAAUAGGAAUUCCAACAAUAAAUUUAAAUUAGGAUACAAUUCUACAAUUUAUUUAAAAAUAUCAAAAUGAAAUAAAAUUAAAUGAUGAAAAGAUUAUAUCAAAAUUAAUUGGAACAAUAGGUGAAGGAUACAUUGAAAGAGGAGAUGAGGUUAAUUUAAAUGUAGAAACAAAGGAAAUUAUGAUUCAACAAUAAGUUGAGUAAUAUUUAGAGAAUUGUGGAAUAAAACUUGAAUGGACAUCAGAGAAAUGGAAGAGAAUAAUAAAAAGAACUUUAUUUGUAAUUCCAUAUUAUAAUAUGCCUAAUGUAGUGAAAAAUAAACAUUUAAGUGGAAGAGAAAGAUAUACAAUUAUGUUCAAAACUUUAAAUCUUUUUACUUUGAUUAAUAGAUGGAGCCAUACUCAAAUGUUACACUAAUUUUGUUAAAAUUUUCCAUUUUAAGCAUUAGAUGAUAUAGAAAUAAAAGAGUUAGUUAAUGAAAAUGAAUUAUACAAUAUAAGAAAAAUUCGAGAAUAUUUAAGUCGAAUUAUGAAUUCAUUAAAUAACAUUUAAUAAUUGAAAUAUCAAAUAGAAUUUAAGGAUGAUCUAUAUUACAUGACUAAUUAAUUGUAAGAUCUAGCAGUAGAAUAUUAUUUAAGUAAAAUGUAAGUUCUUUAACUUAAACAAGUAAUAAUGCCAUCUAAAAUUAUUGAAUAAUUGGAAAAUUUUAAAUCAAAAGAUGAAAUUGAUAAAAUUACAAAUUAAGAACAAGUUUAAUAAAAAUGUAAUGAUUAUUCUUAAGAAAGAUUAUAAAAGUUUUAAUAAUAAUUAUAAUAAAAGAAAAAGAUACAAAUCAAUGUUAUUAAAUCAAAGACUUUACUAGAGUAUUUCAAACCUAAAAAGAAUUAGACUUAAAAUAGUAAUAAUAAUAGCAAUUUAGAUGUGAAUUCUCAAAGCGCCUUUGAUAACAGAUAAAAAAAUGAAAAAAAUGAGAAAUAGAAAAAACUAUCUGAUAAUAAAUCUUAAUUAUAAUACUUUGAUGUCUUAGAGGACUUUAUUUAAAACAAAUUAGCUAAACAAACUAAAUAAGAUGAAUAAAAAAAAUGA